AAACUUUUAGACACCGGAAGUGGAUGCCACGAUUCCCAAACAAGCGUCUGCACUUUCUAGAAAAUCAAGUUUCACACACAUGAAGACAGGUUGACAAUUACUAAUCAAUAGAGAACUAUAUUUUAAUGACAGUUAGUUGAUCAUGUAGAUAAUUUAAAUGACUCUGUAUACCUUCCUGGCAGAGUAUGGCCCCAACAUAUUUUGUUCCGAAUCGUGACUUCAUUAUCUCUGGUUUGUGAUUACGUGUUCCUCUGUGAUAACCGGCAGUUAAAUGUAAACAUGGAUCCAUUCACUAAGAGUAGGGACAUUUGUCGAUGGUUUCAGCAAAUAGGCAUUCUUAUUUUAUUUACACAGCUUUUCUUAUGUCAAAGUACUUGUGAUGUUGAACUUGACACUUUGCAAAAAAGAAGUGCACCUGGCCUUAAAGCUCCCAAAAAACUUUGGUGGGCCAAAGAAUUAACUCCAGAUUUACAUGUUGCUGGAGGUUUGAUUGAAAGACAAAUAAAAUAUGCAGCUGAGGCUGGAUUUAAAAGCAUUAUUUCACUAUUUAAUGACUUGCGUGCUGGAGAUUUUGGUGGGGAAUACUUACCAACUGCAUUUGAGGCAAGUCACAUAGCUAAAAUUGCUGGACUUCAAUAUCUUGCAGUAUUAGAAGAAGAUGAAGAAUUUGCUUCUGAAGAUGCAAUAAGAAAAUUGACUGAAGCUAUUUCACAAGUAGAGAAACCAAUUCUGCUACAUUGUAAUCGUGCAUUUACAAUAGCAUAUACAACAUUGUUGUAUUUGGCAAAUCAAUCAAGACAUGAUCCUAAUUUUGUUCCACAUGUUGACAGUGAAAAAUUUUACAAAAUGAGUGCACUUAUGGGCAAAGAUUUUACCUCAAAUCAUACCUUAAAAGCUGUGGUCGCAAAAGUCACUGGUGAACCAAUUGUAGAAAAUCCACCAAAACCAGAAACUGAGCCAGAUGACUGGCUUGAUUUCUGGCUGGCUCAUCCUGUGUACAGAAACUGGUAUACUGCUGGACAGAUUAGAAAAGGACAUUUACAGGAACUUGAGUUCAUAGGCUUUAAAUCUGUCAUUAAUAUGAGACUUGAUACAACACAUAAUGGAAAACCAUCACAAGAAACUGUUACACUUCUCAAUGUCCUAGAUGGUACACCAACAUAUGACAAGGAUUAUAAACCUUUACGACAAACACAUUCACAUAUAAAAAACAUAAUUCUUGAUGCUUCAAAACAGAACCAUUAUAUCUCUCCAACUUCACCAGUCAAUUAUGAACAUCGACAUUAUGAAGAAUAUGGGGAUGAGAUUGGCUACAAUGAAGAUCUUCAGAGUGAACACAUUAAAGAAUUUGAUCUCGACUACUACCUUUUACCCAUAGAGUCAACUGGAAAGUAUAGUAAAGAAUUAUUUGCAAAGUAUAAAGAUAAACUGCUAGAGAUUGGAAAACAAGGUCCUGUGUUAGUUCAUUGUGCCAGUGGAAAGAGAGUUGCAUUUAUGGCAGUCCUCGCAGCAGCCUUACAACAUGAGAAAGAUUUUAAGUGGGCACUAAAAAGAAUCAAUGAACUAGGAUUUGAAGUGAGUCGAACCAAGAACAGAGAUGUUUAUGAGAUGUACUCUGCUUGGCUAAAUCCAGAUCAUGGUAAUAAAACAGAGUUAUGAUGAAAAAAAGACUAACAAUACAUUUUACAUGUUUCUAUUGCUCACAUAACAUAUGACUUGUUACUGUUAAGUUUAUUUUUAUGUUUUUUUCAUAAAUGUCACCUCUAGGGAAGACUUCAUGACUUGAUGAUAGUACUUGAAGAAUCAUAAGCUUACCAAAAAAUUUUCAUUUUUGUUCGACAAAGGACAGAGCCAAUCUUUUUACUUUCUAGAUAUAAAAAUUUAUAAAUAUAAAUAACCCA